AUGGAGAUAAUUCUGUACAUACCAUCAAAUAUUUCUGAAGAAAAUGAAAGACUUUUGCCUCCCGAAAUCGAAGUGAAUGAAUGUCAGGACGACCUGACAUCUAUAUGGCCUGUUUCUGUUCUGGUUUAUUUUCAAGGACAAAAAGAAAAUCUCGAACUUAUCAAAAAGGAAAUAAGAAGAUAUCAGAAUAAUAAGUGGAGUAGUGAGAUUAUUGUUCUGAGUCCAGAGACUAAAUAUGGAUCUCAAUCCGUUGCACAAAACACCUUCACAGUAGUAGACUGCAACAAAAAAUCUAUAAGAGAAGCCAUAUCCAGAUGUCUUGAAGCACCAGUAUCUCAGUAUCUAAAAGUAAAAAAGACAGUGCUUAAAUAUGUUGUUGAAGAGUCUUACAGAUGUAGAUUACAGGAAGAAAUUUUGUCUUUACAAACUCUUUUGUCAGAAACAACUCCUGGCAAACCAGUCAGGAGAAUACCAAAGAAAAUUAAGGAUUAUCUAUUCGGAAAUCCAUCAGUCUUAGGCUUUGCGCUGUGGGAAGGGAAAACAUUGCGAAUCACUGUGAAGAAUACAAAAUGUAAAUACGAUCUUGAACAAGAACUAAAAGCACUUGAUACUGAAAGAAAUUUCCUGCAGUCGCAUAUGCUUGAAAUCCUAGAAGGAAAUGUGAAAGUCAGUCUUUAUGUAGGACAAGGGGAUAAACUUUAUCCAGGACAUGAAAUAUGUGACUUGGAAACAAACCAGAAACGUGAAUCCGCUUCUGCCAAUAGCAAAGACAUGGAAGAAAAUUACGGAACAUUAGGAUCUUUUCUGGAAGAGAAAACCAGCAAAGACCUAUAUGGUAUAACAUGUCGCCACGUGAUUCCACAGGAAAAUGAAAAGGUGUUCAUGAAAAUACUCAAAAAUAAACCACCAUCUGAAAUUGGUCAAUCUGUGUAUACCUCUGAGAAGAAUUUGGAGGACUUUGCUGUGUUUAAAGUAAACGAUUAUCUGAAAGAUCAAUGCAUAAAGACUUUCCAUAAUGACGAUGACGAAGAAUGUAAUGCUGUAGUUCAUCAGGGAAACGUCUCAGAUAAUUUAGUUGUUCAUAAGAAAGGAGCAACGACCGGAUGGACAACAGGGCGGAUUCAGAGUCGGGAGUGCUAUUCCCAUCUAGUUCCUGAUGAAAAUGAGGUUUUCCUUGUCGAUGGAUUUGAUAAAGAUUUUUUUGCAUGCACCGGGGACAGUGGUUCUGUCGUUUUCACGCGUGAUAAAUCAUUUGACCAAUCAACUGUGUCAGUACUGGGUAUGGUCCUCGGUGGAAUGGAAAGUAAUUAUGAAGACCACCAGCCCGAGAUAGAGAAAUCUACAAUGUGUUUUCCUUUAGAUAAUGCUUUGAGUAACUUGUCCAUUCAAAAUCGCUUAAAAUUGGAAUUUGUACCUAAAGAACAAAGUUCCAGCGAUUCCGACUAA